AUGACAGUGGGACUUGUGCCACACCGGCCUGUUCGGCUGCUCUCGUCGAAGGAGUUUGUGACGAGGAUGCACACCUUAUGCAAGGACUCUUCCGUGUCGUGGGUGGUCACCGGCGAGGCCGCGCCGAUGCUCGUGAUGGGUAUUCCGCGCAACACGCUGCCUGAGAUCCCGGCGGCCACCAGCGCGGCCGACUCCUCGCCGCCGCGGUGUGUGUCUGUCAACUCGCGUGCUUCCUCUGACAGCGAUGUGCAUGAAGUGAGCCCGUGGAGCAGCAAGAAGUGCCCACCGUCGGCGGCGGGGGGCAAAGGGGGGGUGACUCGCCCGCCCGCGCAGAAGACGGUGCCGUCCAAGGUGAGGAAUCGGACAAGGCCAAUGACGGCGGGCACAAAGCGGCAACGUUCCAUUGAGAACUUCCUUGCACGCCAGCGAUGA